AUGUCUACGGUGAAUGUUUUGAGAUAUUCUGGUUUGGCUCUUGGAUUGCUGUUUGGGUUGAAGAACGACUUGUCGUUGAAGAGUGCUGCGUCGAAGAAGGAGGAGCAGAGGGCGUACGAGGCGAAAAUGAAGCUUGUGGAAGAAGCCAAGGCGGAGUAUGCGAAGAGCAAGGAGCCUGUGAAGAGCGAGGCGGAGUCUGGACGUGGGAAGGAGGUGAAUUUGGAGGACCCGAACGUGGACUUUGCCGCAGUGAUCCUGCAGGCUGUGGACUCUAUGAAGAGCUGA